AGGAAGCGCAAAGCCUGCUGGGAGGGAUGCGCUGGCUGCGGGCCAGCCCAAAAUGGCAGCCCUGGAGGAAGAAUUCACGUUGUCUACGGGAGUCUUGGGCGCCGGGCCUGAGGGAUUCCUCGGUGUAGAGCAGAGUGACAAAGCAGACCAGUUCCUAGUGACGGACAGCGGCAGGACUGUGGUCCUCUACAAGGUUUCUGAUCAGAAACCCUUGGGCAGCUGGUCGGUGAAACAAGGUCAAACUAUAACAUGUCCAGCUGUGUGCAACUUUCAGACUGGAGAGUACAUUGUGGUACAUGACCAUAAGGUUUUGAGAAUAUGGAAUCAUGAAGACGUAAACCUGGAUAAAGUAUUUAAAGCUACGCUGUCAGCUGAGGUCCACAGGAUCCACUCAGUACAAAGGACAGAACCACUGGUGCUGUUCCGAAGAGGAGCUGCUCGUGGGUUAGAGGCCUUGCUUACAGAGCCUCAGCAAAACAUUGAAGCUGUCAUCCCUGAUGAGGAAGUGAUCAGGUGGUCAGAGUUUUUCAUGGUAUUUAAGCAACCUGUUUUAAUUUUUAUUACAGAAAAACAUGGGAAUUACUUUGCUUAUGUACGAUUGUGCAAAUCACACAGCUUGAGCAAAUACACACUCUUAUUUGGAAAAGAAGAAAAAUCUGUUAAACCAAAUUUUACUGCACGUGUGGAUGGGAAAUUCAUCUCCCUGGUGUCAUUAAGUUCCGAUGGGUGUAUAUAUGAAACCUUGAUACCAAUAUAUUCAAGUGACACUGAAAAGAGUCAGAGGUUAGUUAGAGCAUUGAUGCUCAAGGCAAUUGUGUCUGCUGGUGCUCGAAAUGGUACUGCCAUCACCAUCCUGGAUCAAGACCACAUAGCAGUCCUGGGACCUCCACUUCCAACUACUAAGGAAUGUCUCUCCAUAUGGAACAUAAAAUUUCAAACAUUACAGACAUCAAAAGAGCUGCCGCAAGGAACCAGUGGGCAACUCUGGUAUCAUGGGGAAAUACUAUUUAUGCUACAUGGAAAAUGUCUAACUGUGAUUCCAUACAAGUGUGAAGUGUCAUCUCUGGCAGGCGCUCUGGGAAAGCUCAAGCCUACUCAAGAGUCAGGCACUCAUCCCAUGCCCCAUUUUGUAAACUGGGAAACGUGUUCAGGAUAUGAACUUGGGUCCUACAGUGCAGAGCAGUCAAAAACUCCACGGAGAAAAAAAAUUGAAACAAAUUUACAGCCAGAAGUUCCAGGAUCCAAACAACUUUUAUCAAUAAUUAAGAAAGAUUCAGAAAAACACAUUGAAGUAGAACUACGUAAAUUUUUGGCUAAGUCAACACCUGACUUUCAUACUAUAAUUGGAGAUAUAGUAGCAGGACUUCUGGGACGAUGUAAAGCAGAACCAUCGUUUUAUCCCCGGAACUGUCUGAUGCAGCUCAUCCAAACGCAUGUGCUUUCCUACAGCUUGUGCCCUGGCUUGAUGGAGAUUGCCCUAGAACACAAAGAUGUGCAGAUGUUACAGCUGUGUCUGCAGCAGUUCCCUGACAUUCCUGAAUCGACCACCUGUGCUUGCUUAAAGCUUUUCUUGAGUGAUACCAUACAUGAUGAGAAAAAGGAAAUGGAAGAGCCAGCUGAGAUUGUUCAAAAUGGCUUCAGUCCCGAAGACAGUAGCUGCAGUAAAGAUGGUCAGCAGUUAAAUAAAAAGCCCAAAGACACAGCCAAAGAGACCGUCUCUUUCCCCGUGACCUCAUGUCCUGUGGCACCAAAGCGAGCGGCUCUGCUAAAUGCAGUUCUCCAUUCAGCAUAUAGUGAGACCUUCCUCCUGCCGCACCUGAAGGACAUCCCUGCGAAGCACAUCACACUCUUUCUCCAGUACCUGUAUUUCCUCUAUCUGAAGUGCAGUGGCGAUGCUGCCAUGACUCUUCCUGGAGUAAGCCCUCCGACUCUGAGCCAGAUUAUGGAUUGGAUAUGCCUACUUCUCGAUGCUAAUUUUACUGUUGUCUUAAUGAUUCCAGAAGCAAAAAGACUCAUUCUUAAUCUUUACAAAUUUGUGAAAUCUCAGAUUUCUGUCUAUUCUGAGCUCAACAAGAUUGAAGUAAGUUUUCGGGAGCUACAGAAGUUGAAUCAGGACAAGAGCAAUAGAGGACUGUACUCCAUUGAAGUACUGGAACUCUUCUGAAAGCCGGAGUUUUCCUUCGUGGACUUUUUAUGGAGUUCUUGCUCUCUUUCUCUUUUUUAUUUGUUUUUUGUUUUUGUUUCUUUGAGACAGUGUCUCACUAUGUAGCCUUGUCCUGGAACUGAAUAUGUAGACCAGGCUGGCCUCAAACUCACAGAGAUCCGCCUGCCUCUACUUCCCAGAGUGCUGGGAUUAAAGGCGUGGCCAUCACGCCCAGCUUGAUGGAAUUCUUUGUAAGAAUCCACCUGUUCAUCCAGGGAAGAAAGUUUUGUUUGCAUCCAUCACUCAAGUCUGAAGAGAGUACCUGGACCAUCACAUCACUGCUCCUCCGUGUGCUGCGGGGUUCACACAAACUGGCUCUGGGUUCCAGACAUCCCUGGAAGGAGGUUAUGGAAGUUUUUUAAAUAUGGGAUUGAGCUGAUUUUAAGUAAACUUAUUUGUGUAUUGAUAAAAGUCUAAUUUCUUAUCAUACAUUUUGAAAACAGUUUUUCUUUUAAUAAAAGAAACAAACCAUCUCA